CUGAAUUAUUGCAGAAACUUAUUUGUAAUAAGUUCAAUUAAAACAAAGCCCAUAACAUACGUAGCAAACUUGGUAACAAUUUAUCUAUUUUAACAUUCGGAUCUUCUAUCCAACAAAAUGUAACCCAUUAUUUAUAGCCCAUAUAUUAUCUACAAAUAUGGAUCUCACUUUUAAAAGAUAAUUAUUUGCUUAAUAGUUCGCAUGUCCAAUACUAAUUUCUACUAUAUUAAUAUAAACAUGCAAUAGGAGUGUUCAAUCCAUAUUUCGGUUCGUUUUUUUCCCCUAUUUUUCGGUAUUACGAUUUAUAAAAAAUAACUUACAUAUUGAAACCAUAUCUACGUUGGUUUGGUCCGCGGUUUAUAAACCAUCGGUUUUUUGUUUAUUCGGUUUUAUACCAAAACAUUGUUGUAUAUGAUUAGAUAUUGAUUUUAUUAAAACAUAAAGAUACAGUAAAAAUUUGAUAAAUUAAUAAUUUUGGAACGAUAAUAUUUUAUUAAUUUAUAGAGAAAAGAUUUUAAUUUACAAAAAUAAUUCUUUUUUAGAUUUUUCUAUUUUAAAUAUAUUUUCUAUAAAGCAAGAAAAGAGUUAAUUUUACCGUAUAUACAUUAAAUAAAAUCUAUAAAUUAGACUCUUAUAUUGUUUUAAUAUAUUAUAUAUGGUAUAUAUUUUAUGUUUCAAAGAAUUCAGAUGCGGUUUUAGAUAUAAUUGUGCUAAAUAUUAUCAAAUUAUAUUGAAAUUUUAAGAAAAAUAGAGAAAAUUUCACUGGGAAUAUAAAACCAACAAUAUAAUGUUUAGUUUGUACUUAUCUAAAUUUAUAUAUAGAUAAAUUAUUAUGAUUUUAAUGAGAUCAUAUAUUUACAUAGGACUUUUUAUAAAUUAUUAUCUUAUUAUUUUAUUGAUUUGUAUCAUAUUUUGAGCCAGCCCAACUCGGAACAUGAUAAAUUUAUUAAUCUACAGUAUUUAUUAAUUAAUUUAUUGAUUAUUAAUUUAUAGAGUUUCUACAGUAUUUCAGUUUUCAAAUAGAAUAUUUUAUCUAUUUUAUUUUACUAUUUAUUAAUAUGAUAAUAUUAUUAAAUAAUUGAUAUUAGCACGCAUAUUUAAAAGUUACGUUUUAUUUAGUUUGAUAAAAGUGGAAAAUGCUAAAAGCAACAUUUUAAAUAUGAAAAUAAUAUAAUAAGAUAAAUUAUGUAUAAAUUAUAUAAUUAUCUACUAUUAUAUUUUAAUUAAUCGAUUUAAUUAGUUUAUAUACCAAAUCAUAUCCAUAUAUUGUUGUUUAUUAAAAAUAACAUCCAUUCCGUAUAUGUAUAUAAUGUUUACUUUGUACUUAUGUAAAAUGUAUAUAAUGUAUAUUUGAUAUUACCAAAUCUAAAAUAUUUUUACUAUUUUGGUUUGGUUAGGUUUUAAUAAUUCAGUUUUACCGUGAUGAAUACUCCUAUGUAAUACCAAUGCUAAUGUGUAAUACAAUUUUACAGUAAAAAUUUUAAUUUUUGUGAUACCUAAUAAAAUAUAAAUAUGUAAUAGUUUAGAAUUUUUUUUAUAAUUAUACAUUUAGAAAAUAUAGUUCUUAUUUCAUGCCAAUAUAAUUUAAUCUAUGUAAAUAUAUGAUAAUAAUAAAUUAAAAUAUGUUUCACUCCGCGCAGGAUCAUCACCUAGUAUAACUCAUAAGACAUAACCAACAAUAGACGUUGUUCCUUCGAUCGACGACAAUAAACAUUAUAUAACAACGGUACCUAGCAGGUUGGUACUACGUCUUGAUAAUUAUAAUUUAAUUUAAUUUAAUUAAGAUGGUAUCCUAGAUAGCAUGAUGGUAUUGAUAAUUUAGUUAAGGUUUAUGCGAUGUGAAUAGGAUCAUCUAAGUGGUAAGUUUUGUAUUGGAAUUGUUGUUUUUGAUGUGGAAUUUUAUGUGGCUUCAUGUAUAGUUGAUUAAUGUUAAAUGGAGUUUAAGUCACAGAAGAAACCUUUUUACAACUUUGGGAUAACCCUGUCUCGUGCAAACCCAACUAUUCUAAUUUCACAUUUACAUAUUUUUAAAAAUAAAUGAUAUUGGUUAUUUUAUACACAAAUCAUAUCAUUUCAUAUUAAUUUUAAUGUUGUUCUCAGAUUUUUCUAACACAUUUUAUUAUACAGAUGAAGAUUUGACACACGUUAAGUUAACACGUUUUUAUUAAUGUUAGUCAACUAAGAUUAAUUUCAAAAUUUUGAAAAACAUAUAAAUAAUUGGCAUACAAAAAUUCAACAAUAUGGCAGAAUUUCAGGUUUAUAUCAUCGAAAAUUUAAAUUGUUAAGUUUUCAAUCUUCAAAAUGGGAAACGAAAGCGUGUCAUAUUAAUUAUUUUUGGAGUAAAUUUGGCAUAAUUAUUUUGAAAUAAUGGCGGGAGUUACUAAUUAGUAUGCUUUAUUUACGUCAUGACAUUAAUAUUGAUCUUUUUUUCUUCCAUGCUUCUACAAACUACAUCUCAUGGAUCGUUUAAUAUUAUACCACACAAGCUAGAAAAAAAAUAUAAAAACCGAACCACCCGUGACAUAAACUCAAUAUUACAACCAAACAAAAAUGGCAGCAGAAGCCAAACCUCAAAUCCUCUCCCACGUCAACAAUCUCAAUUACUUCUCUAUCCUCCUCCUCCUCCUCUCCUUCAACGUAGCAUCCGGCGCCGGAGGAACAUGGAGGCUUCUCUUAAACGACGUCGGAAUCUCAGCAAUGCACUCACAACUUCUCAUCAACGACCGUGUCAUAAUGUACGACCGUUCCAACUUCGGUCCUUCAAAGAUCUCUCUCCCUAGCGGAGCCUGCCGCGUCAGCCCAAACGACGUCGUUUCAAAACGCGACUGCACCGCGCAUUCGAUAGAAUACGACGUCGCUUUUAACAGCAUCCGUCCUUUAACCAUCGAAUCCAACACAUGGUGCUCCUCAGGAGGAGUCACUCCCGAGGGAGCUCUCCUCCAGACGGGAGGAGACAAAGAAGGAGAACGUAAAGCUAGAAUGUUCUAUCCUUGCGACGACGAGUCAUGUGAUUGGACAGAAGUUGAUAACGCACUUUACGUAAGAAGAUGGUACGCUACGAACCAUGUUCUUCCAGAUGGUCGUCAGAUCAUAAUAGGUGGUCGAAACCAGUUCAACUUCGAGUUCUUCCCUAAGACAAAAGCUCCAAGUCUCUACAAGUUACCCUUCUUGUCCGAAACCUACGAUGCUGGACAAGAAAACAAUCUCUACCCUUUCGUUUUCCUCAACAGCGACGGAAACUUAUUCAUAUACGCUAACAACAAAGCCAUUUUGCUAGACUAUAAUAAGAACACUGUCGUGAAAACGUAUCCGAAGAUCCCUGGAGGCGAUCCGAGAAGCUAUCCGAGCACUGGUUCAGCUGUUCUUCUCCCAAUCAAAAACCUUGAAGCUGAGGUUGUCGAGAUGGAAGUUCUGGUGUGCGGCGGUGCACCGAAAGGAUCGUACCUCCUCGCUUUAUAUAAAAACACUUUUGUCAAAGCUCUUGACACGUGUGCAAGAAUCAAGAUCAAUGAUGAUAAACCUCAAUGGGUUCUCGAGAAGAUGCCUAGGUCGAGAGUAAUGGGAGAUAUGAUCCUUUUACCUAACGGACAUGUUCUGUUAAUUAACGGUGGCUCAUCAGGCUCUGCUGGUUGGGAGCUAGGUCGUGAACCGGUUUUGAACCCUGACCUUUAUCAUCCCGAUAAACCGGUCGGUUCGAGAUUCCAAGUACAGAAUCCUAGUACUAUACCAAGAAUGUACCAUUCAACCGCCGGUUUACUCCGUGAUGGUAGAGUUCUAGUCGGAGGAAGCAACCCACAUCAGUUUUAUAAUUUCACCGACGUGCUUUUCCCGACGGAGCUUAGGCUAGAAGCUUUCUCUCCGUCGUAUUUGGAAUCUCAGUAUUGGAGUAUACGUCCGAGGAUUAUUAGUCUUUUAUCACACUCUACGGUUAACUACGGUGGAAUCUUGAGGCUGAGGUUUAUGGUGUUCGGUAUAGGAGGAGUGCGAAGUCCGGUUAAGGUGACGAUGGUGUUUCCUUCGUUUACUUCUCAUUCCUUCUCCAUGAGUCAGAGACUUUUGGUUCUUGAUCAUGUUGAGUUAGUGAGGAUAGGAGUGUGGACUUAUGAGGUUAGGGUUAAGGCACCAAAGUCUAAGAACCUUGCACCACCUGGUUAUUACAUGGCUUUUGUUGUGAACCAAGAUAUACCGAGUGAAGGUAUUUGGCUGAGGUUGCAGUGAAUGUGUUUGUCAAUGUUAUAUAGUUUGGUCUACGUGUGUGGUAAUUUUUUAUUUUAAAAAAUCUGUUGAAUACUUUUUGAUUUGAGUGAUCAAAAUUUAUUUCGAGGAAAUGUAUGUAAUAAGAUUGUUGUUUGGAUACAAUUUACAUGAAUGAGAUUCUUUCGUCUCUGAGUUGGUAA